CGUAGUCAAGCUAAUAUCUCUUCAGCGCGUUGAGAUGAUUUAGACGGCAACGACCUGAAAAAUCACCAUAGACUUUCGGAAAAAAGCGCUUUUUUCGUUUGGUUUGGUUUUGAGCUUGGAGUGAAGGAAACUGAAGCAGAAGAAAAUGGCAAGAAAUAACCUUAAGGCCUUUGAUAUCAUCAAAGAAGCUUUCACAAUUUUUGCCAAAAACACUAACUUCAUAAUCUUCACAUCUCUAAUCUCCCUUCCUCUCUUCUGCUUCUCUCUUUACUUUGAGGCUUCCCUUCAAGAAUUCCUUCUUCAAAACUCCUCGAUUCUUCUUCAAGCUAAAGAUCAUGAAACCCCAGAAUUUCAUCAAUUAGUGGAUGAGAACUCUGACUUUAUCGUUCAAUAUUACUACUCCUACCCUGAGAGUUACGGCAAAAGUUGGUCUCUACCACUUGACAUAGUCAGAAAAUUGAGCAAUGAUUCUCUUCACAAGCUCCUCCAACUGAGUUUUCUCUACCUGGUCCCUUUCCAUCUCCUAGAGCUCUUAACCGUGCUUGUAAUUGUCGAUUUGGCAUCGAAGAUUUACAGAGAAGACAAAUCCUUGACUUUCAAUAAUAUUUUCGACAUAAAAACCGAUGGAACAAGAUUAUGGGGCAUUCUUGUCACAUAUGGCUAUGUUGUGUUCUUCUCAACAUGUACUCUACUGGGAUUCUUGACGUUACUCAUAACAUACUCUGAUAUUAUAAGGUACUUUCCCUAUGAAUAUUCUGACCUUUUCUACUAUUAUAUGCCGUUUAGGUCCUUGGAUUUUGAUGUUUUCUUUCACCUAGUAUAUGGGGCAAAUUUUUUGUUACUCCUCGGAAUAUACUUGGGUUGGAGUGCUAUAUGGAACUUGGGUCUUGUGAUCUCAGUGCUGAAAGGAACAUAUGGGGCUAAAGCAUUAGGUUCAUCUGCUUAUCUUAGCUUGAGAAGUGUUCAGAGUGGGAUGAUUUUGAUGCUUGUUUUUUCUAUCUGGGGAGUUGGUUUGAGGUUUCCAUGCCUAGUUUAUGGUUGCUAUAAAAACUGGAUUUGGACUGUUGCUCAGAUUAGUUUGUUCUGCUUCGGAAAUGCGCUUAAAUGGGUCUCCUUUGUGGUGUAUUUUGACGAUUGCAUCAAGCGGAUUUUUGGGAAGAAAGUUGAUGUGGAAGAAGGUUAAGACUAAGAGGCAAAACUACUGAGAUGAAGAAGUUGGAUCAAAUGAUCAUGGAAAACAAUUAACUAUAAUGAGCAUUUUAUAAUUCUUCUCUGUCAAUGUGUCUGCAUAUAUAUGGGCUGAAUUGAGAUACAGGAUUUAUAUCUUCUCUUGUAUAAAAGAUGUGACUAAGUGAGACACAUUUACUCUUGUUUUAUCAAUGAAAUAAAAGUGUUUUUGAUA